ACGCGGAAGAAGAAGAACAAAUGUUUAAGCUAAGAGAGCUUUGUCGCUACAGUAACAGCUAUCGAGGUCACCAUUCUAUCAGUUAUUAUUCGCAUCGUUGUGUCCGCGAUUUGCAAGUUUGUGCUUAGUUUAAGCACAGCCGAAGCUCCUCUGGACCAAUAGUGUGGCGGCGUAACUGUUUUCGCAACGUUGGGCGUAAAGCUAGUAGUUUGAUUAACAUUGGUACGCCAUGACUGUUCGUAGCUAGCUGUACAGGCUAGCCAAGCUAACUAGCUAGUUCGUUUAGCUUUAUACGAAAACAUAUCUAGCCAGCUUCCUGGGAAAUUAAUGCUAACCUUUGGAAAGUCAUUUUCUGAGGAUUAAGAAUUUUCUACCAACUACAAAACUGUUUUACAAAAUCGGCGCGAACUCGAACAGGGCAACAACGCCUCCGAGACAGCAGCACAGGAAAUAACAACAUUAGCUUGUUAGCAUUUUGGCUGACCAGAUUAGCCAACUGGACAUCCAGCAGUCUAGCUAGUCAGGAGACAAGCGACAGUUCCCACUGACAGAAUCUGACGAGAACUUCGUUAGCUAAAGACUCCCAGCAUGCUGAUGGUGGGAGAGGAUGGACGGGUGUACUAGAAUGAGUGUGAAGGAGCUGUGCGACACGGAUGACCUGGCUACCAGCCUGGUGCUGGACCCAUUGUUGGGUUUCAGUACUCACAAAAUGAACAUCAGUCCACCUCCAGAGAUCCGCCGUUGGGGUUACCUCAAAGAGACUCUGUUGCGCUAUCAGCGCACGCAUGAUUUCCAGUCCACUUUUGAGGCUCUCACCGUGGGAGACUGGGCCGGUGACGUCACCAGUCUGGGCACCCAUCGCCUGGAACUGCUGAGCCAGCACGUGUACCGCUACCUCAGUGCCUUCCUGCUGGAGAGUGGUGUUCAGAUUGAGCCUUGUGACAGAUAUUCUUCUGAAACCAAUGGUGCAAAGAUUACCUCCACCAAACACUGGUGUGUGGGUGAGCGUGUGGAGGUGCUUCAGGGGUGCAUCUCUGAGCUGAGCCCGGCCGACAGCGCCCUUCUGAGGGCAGGGGUGAACGACUUCAGCGUGAUGUACUCCACGCGCAAGCGCUGCGCCCAGCUCUGGCUGGGCCCUGCUGCUUUCAUUAACCAUGACUGCAGGCCAAACUGUAAGUUCGUCCCCGGGGAGAAGAACGGCGCCUGCGUGGAGGUGGUCCGAUCCAUCGCACCUUGGGAGGAAAUCACAUGUUACUAUGGCGACAGUUUUUUUGGCGAAGACAAUGAGAUGUGCGAAUGCUGCACCUGUGAGAGGAAAGGAGAAGGUCACUUCAGACUUAAAGGGGGCCAUCCGGUCUCCAGAGAGACAGAAACACAGGUGGGCCAGAAGUAUCGUCUGAGGGAGACCAAUCUGCGGCUGAACAGGGAGAGAAGCCAGUGUCCUGCACGGUCCACGUGUCCAGCCACACACACGGCCGUCCCUUCAAGGACUUCCUCCACCCAGCUGAUGAAGAGAAAUGUCUCCACGAGCAGAACCUUGACCAGGAAGACAUACAAUUCAACACAGGAGAAGAAAAGGAGCCGAUUCGGGAACGCACAACUCGAGGCUUCCCUGGCCAAGCAGAUUCCUUUAUCUCAGGUUGUGCUUAGAGACCUCAGGGUCCGAGUUCGGCGCCACAAGGUGGAUUUCCUGUUGAGUUGUAAAGACCCCCUUAGCAAAGAGAGGCUCUUGCUGCACCUGCUGGAAAACAUGAAGCCAGACGACGAGCAGGGAACCCGACCCAGCCCGACGACGAGCCAGGGAACCCGACUCAGCCCGACGACGAGCCAGGGAACCCGACUCGGCACGGCGACGAGCCAGGGAACCCGACCCGGCCCGACGACGAGCCAGGGAACCCGACUCGGCCCGACGACGAGCCAGGGAACCCGACUCAGCCCGACUACGAGCCAGGGAACCCGACUCAGCCCGACUACGAGCCAGGGAACCCGACUCGGCACGGUGACGAGCCAGGGAACCCAACUCGGCACGGCGACGAGCCAGAAAUCACAUGAUGAAACGGUGAACGAUGACGCCUCGCCGAAGGUGAACCCGACGCCUGAGGAGGAGAAGGACGAGCGACGACCCCCAGGACGGAGUCCAGGCGGAGGGUCCGUCGGCGUGGUGGAAAGGGUCUUCAGGUCCUCCUUCAGGACCAGGAGGAUGAUUGGAAACCCUGCCACGCGUCUCUCUGCUUCAGUGACCAAGACGAACAGCCAAGCAGUUACCAGUCGCAGCCAGUUAGAGGAUGAGCAGGAUGGUGUGUUGCCAGAUGGUCACAGCCCCGGUGACACGGCGGUGGGAGACGGCCCCGGUAGCAGCACCGGGGCGCCGUUCGUCAACAACACGACGAGCGGCGGUAGAUCGAACCCUGAAGGAAGCACGACCGCAAAGCACCCUGGUCAGAACGCGCCGGCAGUUCAGAUGGAAGGGAGGAAGCUUGAGAACAAGCCUGGCGGUGAGGUCUGUCAGCGUGUCUCCAGCCAGGCUCGACCCCUCGGCCCUCACAUGCCAGGACUGAAGAAGUACCUCACAGUGAAUUUGAUAAGGGUGUCGAUACCAGGCAGUGUAGAGACAAAGGGGGCUCCCCGAGCACAGCAGGGGGAGGGGCUUAGGAGGCCAGGUGGCAGGAGGGCAGUGCUGAGGGAACAGGGGACUAGGCCGCCGUCCCCAAAGGCAGGUAGAGAGUCCAGGUGUGAGCAGCAGCCAGCAGGAAGCAGUGACGAUGUCUCUAGGACUGCAGGUAAGACAGGGGUGAGGGAAAUGUUUUUUAAGUCAGUUGACAAAUGUGAUGAAAUGAUAAAGCAGAUGUCUAAGGUAUCUGAUAAUGUAUUGCAUGGUGAUGAGGUCAUCGAAAUACAGUCUGUUAGUGGGGAGAUGCAGGGCCGAGCAAAGAAGAGGCAUACGCAGGUUGUGAUGAACGAAGGUGGAGAGAAUUUAGCAGAUACCAACCGUGUUAAAUCUCCAGUUAGAAGGGGUAAGAAAAGGGCACUAAUGACAAGGAAGGAGGGAACAGGAAGUAUAGGAAUGGAUCAGAUGAGACAAACGCAUUUCAACAAUAAAAGUAAUGAUGAUUCUGAAACACCAGUAAGAGUUGAGAAGGAAGAUAGGUUAGUGACUGGGAGAUACCCACCCACAUGUAAAAGUAAAGAGGGUAUCGUCAUUAAACAAGUGAGGAUUCUACUUGCCGAUAUUUUGAGGAAGGAAAACGGUUGUAGGGACGUGGUAAGUGAGGAGCAGGCUGGGGGGAAAGUAGACGAUUCACUGGAAACAGCGACGGUCUCGCUGCCCGAGACGGUCUCGCUGCCCGAGACGGUCUCGCUGCCCGAGACGGUCUCGCUGCCCGAGACGGUCUCGCUGCCCGAGACGGUCUCGCUGCCCGAGACGGUCUCGCUGCCCGAGACGGUCUCGCUGCCCGAGACGGUCUCGCUGCCCGAGACGGUCUCGCUGCCCGAGACGGUCUCGCUGCCCGAGACGGUCCCGGAAGUGAUGGUGAGAAGGAGAGGCAGACCGCGGAAGAAACGGAACCAAGGCAGGAAACCAAACAAAGACGCCUCCGCAACCAAGAGCGAUGUAGAGGGUCGCUCUCCAACUCCCCUUCCCCAACCUUUGCUGGCGUGUUCGGACACUCUGCCCACGGGGCCCCCUGUGGGAGCCCCACGUGUGGACAGUCCACAGCAGACGCCCCUACAGUCCAACAUUCCCUUGAAGAAACGCACGUUUCGGAAUUCUGUGGACUUUGACUCUGAGCAAGGUUUAAGCUCUCCAGUGGAGGAGCCGUCCCCUAAGGAUCUCUCAGUCGUGAGUCCUACAGACCAGAACCAGGAACUUGAUCCUUUUCCAGAAAAAAAACCUGAAACCACCACAGCAUUGACGGAGGCCAGUGAUGAAGUUAGAAAGUGUUUUAAAUCUUCCUUAAAAUCGCGGGCCAAGAUACUGGAGGCCCGAACCCAGAGACGGGCGCUCAGAAUAAACGCAAAACUGUGUCCCAAAGAUAAAAAGCGUCCUCGAGGCCGGCCAAGAAAGAAAAAAAGACAAGGUGUUAAGAAUGCGGCCGUUGUUCUGGGUGACAACAACGGGCCUGGGCUGGGCGGGAACCUUCCGGAUCCUGCAGAGCAUCACCCAGGUGAAGAUCCAGAGGACAUGAAGGAUGGAGUGAAAGUUCCUGAGCUUCAUGCGGAGGUUCCUAGCUAUCUAAGUACUCAAGCUUGCGCUGAGAAGGAGCAGGAUUUAAACUUCCGAAUACGUUUCAAGAGAAAGCAAGGCAAGGUUUGGGAGUUAGAGAAAGCUGCGUUGAGCGAGGAUUUAAAGUUAAAAGCAGAAAACGAAGCAAGUUCAGAUUUAUGUGAUCCUUUUAGUGCCAUUUUGAAUUCUGUGUCAAGAUUAAACCUAGAGAUGGACAGGGGCACUCAGUCAUGUGGUCUGAAAAAUAAAUGUUCCGAAUUAAGUAAAAGACGGAGGGGAUUCGCAGUUGUAGUAAAAUCUGACCAAACUGAUUUUGAGAAACCAGGGCAGCUAGGUGGUUCUCACAACAAUGUGUUGGAGACCAGGGAUGUGCUGGACACCAGGGAUGUGCUGGACACCAGGGAUGUGCUGGACACCAGGGAUGUGCUGGACACCAGGGAUGUGCUGGACACCAGGGAUGUGCUGGACACCAGAGUGCUGGAGACCAGGGAUGUGCUGGAGACCAGGGAUGUGCUAGACAGGUGUGUUGACAGGUCAGACGGGUGUGUGCAGCCCUUGGGGAAGAGAGGAGAAUCACAGUGUAAUAAAGCGACAUCUGCAGAGGAGGCAACAGCCAAAGUGGAGGGUGUACAUGCUGGAUAUAAACGAAGCUGUGGUGAAUGUGAGGCACUGGGUGAACAAUUGGAAGUAAAAACGGAAGAUAAAAAAGAUGUACCUUUACCUAGAAUAAAGCUGCGGAGGAAGGUGGAAGGAGUGUGGGAGGUUGAUGUCCCCAAUACGGAAGGAGAGCAGAGAGAAGCAGGAGCAGACUCGGAGAGACUGGAGUUUCCGGCCUUCCCAGAGAGACCCAGCCGAGGGCUUCUGACUCCCCUCAAGCCCAAAAAAGAGGGCUUGUCUUCCUGUCAACAAAUUGGAAGCUGCAGAAGUGUCAUGGAUACCUCACCUGACACUCACCGUCUCUCUCUGUCCCUCUCACCUCUAUCCCUCCACUCACCCCAGUACGAUGGCAUUCACGAGUUUGGUUCUGUUUCUGAUCGGAUGAAGGGUCGGGUCGUUUCGGAGUCUAGUUGUAGGGGAAAGAAACAAAAGCACAAUACAGAGAUGCCUCUCGUUUGCUCAAAUGCAGAGACAGCGUCCACCUGUCUUAAUAAUAGCCUACAACAGAUAAAUCACAGCCUCUCUAGACUCUCUGAAGGAUUAUGUACGUCCCAGUCCUUAGAGAAAAACCCCCUUUAUUCCACCACCUCCGUCCCUGUGAGCCAGCCACAGUCCGAAUCUCCUGUCUUCAACUUCCCAGACAGGAUUCUCUCCACAGAACCUAGCUUCACCUGCUGUGAAGACCUGCUGGACUUUCAGUGUCUCAAUUUUGAAGGUUAUUAUCAUCCUCAGAACAUUCUCCCAAGCUCUCCAUCGGGUCUCUGUUCUUUGGAACCAGCUACUGACCCCUUUAGCAGUCCUCUCUCUCACAGCCCCCCCGACACCUGGGCCACAGAAACCCCAUACCUCGGACCUCCUAGUCCAGGGAACAGCUUUAGUACAGAAGAUCUGCAGUUUUGCCCCAGCCUCCUGUCCUCUAAAAAUGACCUUCCCUCCUUGGGAUGUGAAGUGAAGGAUUCCUCCAAAGAUGAAAAUAUGGCCAGUGCAAACUUCACUUCCGUUCAGGCCAGCAAUGUUGAAGGGACUUUCAUGGAUCGUUUUUUGAGCAAAACUUCAUCUAUAAAACUCUUUAAAGAAGAUCCCAAAACACAGCCUAAAGCACAACCCCUUUUUUCAGCUAAUAAACCCCAGAGUCUACCCAAGGACUCACAGGUGUUUGGUGCAUCGUAUGCCACCCAUUCUCAGAGCACUCAAGGUAGUCCUGGCGUCCAGGCCUUGCAAACAGUAGCAAGCUCCAGCCAGGCAAAAGUCCAGUCCCAACUCAAAACACAGGGGCCCUUUCAUCGUAUGAGCCUGUUCAAUAAACACCAGCCGUCCACCACUUCUCAGUCCAACUCGUUCAGACUCGCUUCUCAGAGUAGCACAAACAAGUCCGUCCCCUCAUCCUUUUUUUCUAACAUGUUCCCUCCCCCGCUCUUCUCCGUGAGAACUCCCACUACCGGGGACCCUCUCUUCAACACCUGUGAUAAGAGCUCCAGCGUGAUCCAGAGUGUGCUCAAGUAUCAAGGAGGGAAACAGUGCCAGAAUUUGAACAGUGCUCCUUGUAAAGACAACACUAUGGCUGGCUGCCCCACUGCUGUUACAUCUAAGCUUCCUGUGACAAAAUUAAGUCACAAGACUGGUCAGGGGACCCAGCUGGGCCAGAAACGCUCCGGUUCCACCCCUGGCUGUCAGAAAGGUCAAGGCCUCGCUUCAGGAAAAGACGGCGUCAGUCUCGACGCGUCCACCUACCCCACAAAGUCAAAUGCUCUCAGUAACAAAGAAAGUUCUGUUUUUAACAACUCGCCUUGCCAUAGUAAGACAUUGGAUAAAUCCCAGCCUCUGGAAUCGAGCUUUAGAAGCAUGAACUUCUCCUCCCUCCAGCGGCCCUUCUUCUUCCCUAGCCAGGUAAAUAGCUACGAGACUCCCGAUCAGAGAAGUUUGAGCCAUGACUCACCCCCUGACAAGCACCAGCUGAGCUACGCCCAACAGGAUUCCUUUGAUCUGACUUUCGGGUCGUCCCUCUCUCCUUCUGUAACUCAGCUCCACAGCCCCCUGGCGACCAGCAUCCCCCCCUCCGGCCCCCAGGCACCGGGCAACAAAAACCUGUCGUCCUCCUCCAUCCCCUUCGGGCACCAGGGCCAGCCCUACGUGCUGAACUUCAGUGGGGACCACUCGGUGACCCUGGGCCUCAGGGACGGGGCGGAGGGCUUCCCGGGGUCGGGGCACGCUAACUACACGUACCACUGCCUGAUGGAGCCUUCAGGCACCCAGGGGAGGCUGGUCCUUGAGCCCUGCGGACCCCAGAGGUCGAACUCACCCUCUUUCUCUGUGGGGGGCUUUUCAGGGGUCAAAGGUCAGGAGGACCAGUGCAGAAGGGACACGCAAGCAGCGAGCCAGCCCAGGGCACAGCCCCCGACCUCCCACUACGGCCCCCCACCAGCCCCGCCCACGGCCACGCCCCUCUCGGACAGGAAGCCCAGGAGACUGAGGCUGGUGGUGACGGACGGAACUGUGGAUCUGGAUCUGCAGUACACAGACUGAGGAUGACGUGUGCGUUCAAGAAGUGACACGUUUGGGAUUGUUUGUUGUUUUUGAAAAAAGUGUGUGUUACAUUGCAAAUGUGUCUGUCAGUCCUUUUGAUUUGUUUUUUGAUUGCGUACAUCGAUUUCAAGGAUGCAAUUGGAUUUUUGGGUUGUUUGCUCGCAAAUCUGUGAGUCAAGUUUAAACAUAUUUGAUGGUAUUUAUUUUUAUGAAGUAGGAGUUGGUUGUUUUUAAUCAUAUGUCCUCUGAAUGUCAAAAUUAAAAUUGGUUAAAAAAAAUAGCUGUUGUGAGUGCAACUAGCUCCUUAAGCAUUUGACAAUCUGUAAUAACUGAGGUUCACCUCAAGGUGGGCUCAUUCAAUCUGUAAUAACUGAGGUUCACCUCAAGGUGGGCUCAUUCAACUCAGUUGCCCAGUAAUUCAGAGCAUGUUUUGACAUGUAACAUAAUUGCAUGAACUUCCCUGUAAAAAAUUGAUGGAACAUAAACUGAAGCAUAACGAUGAUUCCUUCAUCUUUAUUGAUAAGUUUAAAAGCGGUGUGUUGCACUGUUUAUCGAUUAAUACUUGUUCAUUUUGGCUCAUUGUUUGCCAAAGCUCUCACCCUUUCAGUUUGAAUUUGCUAGGUUCUGAAAGAACUAAUAUGAAUCUGGUUUUAGUAUGUAUGUUGUCUAGUCCAGUCUACAGGGAAUGUGUGCAUCAGAUUGUCCGCCACACACUUUUUGUGUCUAAGCACUGCCUUGCCGAACUGGAUGAGGGAGUCAGCGGUGAGUCAGCGGUGCGUAAACGAAUAAGGCAGUGCAUGAACAGUGUGCUGUAAAAUGUUUUCAAAUUUCACUAUACGCAGUUGUAGAACCCUUGUCAGGUCUGCUCCUCAUCCGGCGUCCAGGCAGCAAGCUGCACACACAGGCCGCUCCAGAGCGAGUCCAGACCGGCUUCAGAGCGGCUUCAGGGUGUGUAUGUAACCUUUCAUCUCUGUCAUCAUCUCUGUGUCCCCUCUGGUACUGUUCACUAAACACCAAAGCAUCCUGUAGCAACAUGGCAGUCUUUGUGUGGGUCCAGUAGGCUGGAUGUAAAUCAGUCAGUGUCAAGUUUUAUGUGACGGUUCAUUUUGAAUAUUGUCAUUGAUCUGGUUUAUUUCACCUUCUUUGCAAUUCAUCACAUGUUUUUUUACAGUUGCUAGGCAUGUUGGAUGUUACUUUCAGCAUUCCAGCCGCAUAAUGCUGUUCUUCUGGAGCAAUGUUGGAGAGUGACUGCUGUGUUUCAUGUGAAAACAGUGAAUUGGUACUGUUUGUGUUUGCAUAAUUUGCAGGCCAAUGUUUUAUUUAUUUGAAAAUCCUCAUUCUUGAAUGGUGCUUUAAUGUAUUUUAAUAUUUUACACACUGUUCAAAAUGAAAUGUUUUAUAUAGUGAUUGGAAAUUAAUUUUAUCUUCUGUUAUGACAUGGUCCUCAGAUCAAUUUUAGUCAGUUGGAGUCACGGCAAAGAUAUAUAAGCCUUUUUGAAGAGGCAAACUCUUUACAAACUUUGUAAAGAUCUGCUGUAAAAAAUAUAAAUCUGUAAAUUGUUAAAUUAAAUCAUUUUAUUUAAUGAA